AUGCCUGCGGAAGAAGCGGGAAUUGAUGCUAAUACAUGCCAAUUAUGUGCAAUGCAAAAGCUCUAUUUUGCACCAGUGCCAAUAUAUUGCUCAUGUUGCAGUAAGCCGAUCAAGCUAAACACAGACUACUACCAUAAAAAAGCUGAAGAAUCUGAUUCACAAAAUUUCUUUUGCACCGUGUGUUAUAAGAAGUCUCGAGGUGAGCACAUCACAUACAACGCAAUAUCUGUUCCGAAGGAACUUCUUGAUAGAAAGACAAAUGAUGAAGUACUUGUAGAAGGGUGGGUUGAAUGUAAAAAAUGCGAAAGAUGGCAACAUCAAAUAUGCGCACUCUUUAACGGAAUGAGAGAUCUGGUCAUCUGUGCUGACUAUAUAUGUCCUAUAUGCCGCUUGAAGGAAAUUAACGAAGGAAUUCAUAUAUCCUCACCAAGGACAGCUAUUUUCGGUGCCAAGGACUUGCCAAGAACCAUGCUUGGUGACCACAUAGAGAAAAGACUUUUUAAGCGUCUCAUGCAAGAGAGAGUAGGCAGGGAAAAAGUCGAAGGGACUAAGAAUCUUGAUGAGGUUUUACCAGCAGACAGUCUUUCUGUUAAAGUAGUGUUAUCUGCUGACAAACAAUUGGAAGUGAAGAAGCAGUUUCUAAACAUCUUUCCGGAGAAAAAUUACCCUGCUGAGUUCCCUUAUACAUCAAAAGUUAUUCUUCUGUUUCAGCAGAUUGACGGAGCAGAUGUUUGCCUUUUUGCAAUGUAUGUCCAGGAGUUUGGCUCAGAAUGUGGCAAUCCCAAUAAGCGUUGUGUAUAUAUUUCAUAUCUUGAUUCUGUCAAGUAUUUUAGGCCUGAAAGAGAGACUAUAAGGGGAGAAGCUCUUCGCACCCUCGUUUACCAUGAGAUAUUGAUUGGAUACCUUGAUUUUUGCAAGAAGCGAGGUUUCACAACAUGCUAUAUAUGGGCCUGUCCUCCUACAAAGGGGGAAGAUUACAUACUAUAUUGCCAUCCUGACACUCAGAAGACCCCGAAGAAUGAUAAACUACGGCACUGGUAUCUUUCAAUGCUAAGGAAGGCUGCUGAAGAAAAUAUUGUUCUUGGUUUAAGUAACAUAUAUGAUCAUUUCUUUGUUCCUACUGGGAAAUGGGACUCCAAGGUGACAGCUUCCCGUUUGCCAUACUUUGAUGGAGACUACUGGUCUAGUCGUGCUAUGGGUCUAGCCGGCGACAUUGAUAAAGACAGUGGGUAUGAAAAGACAUUGAAGAAACUUGUGAAAAACAAAAGAGCUUUAAAGGCCUUGGGGCAUGUUAACCCUUCAAUAGACACUGCCAAAGACAUUCUAGUGAUGCAGAGGCUGGGCAAAGAAAUUCUGCCAUACAAGGAAGACUUCAUCAUAGUUCACCUUCAGCAUUCAUGCGUGCACUGCCAGGAAGUGAUAGUUUCUGGGAAGCGGUGGUUUUGCACUGAAUGCAAGAAAUUUCAAGAGUGUGAAAGAUGCCAUACUGCUGACUCACACACUUCAACUAGUGGCGAGAAACAUACACUCUGUCAGGUCCUCGUGGAAGAUGUCCCUUUAGAUACUAAACAGAAUGAUAUCAUCCUUGACAAUCAAUUAUUCGAGAAUAGGCAUAACUUCCUGAGCUUCUGCCAGAAGAAUCAGCUACAGUUUGACACCCUCCGCCGCGCGAAGCACUCCUCAAUGAUGAUCCUCUAUCACCUAAAGUAUUCCUCAAUAUGUAGCAUUUGCGGCGGUGAACGCAACGAAUUCCAACAUAGCUGUAGAUGUGAGUGUUGUCCUGAGUUCUCUGCAUGCAAGGAGAGAGGUGCUGAAUGCCAUGCACAGGAGUUGAGUCAAACUCAUUCAACAUCACUAUCUACCUCAGGGAAUGAAGAGUCAAAGCUGAAAUCGACAUGCCAUGAACAGAAGUUGAGUCAAACUCAUUCAAAAUCACUAUCUGUCUCAGGGAAGGAAGAGUCAAAGCUGAAAUCAACAGGCCAAGAACACAAUUUGAGUCAAACUUCAACAUCACUAUCUGUUUCAGCUGGGAAUGGAGAGCCAAAGAAGAAAUCAACACUCGCUCCCACGCAGGUGAAGAAACUGCUAGAAGUUCUGCAGCAUGCAUCUCAAUGCAAUAACUCAAACGAAACACAGCCAUGCCCUUAUACAUACUGUCUUAAAAUGAAAAUUCUGUUAUCUCAUGCCAGAGAGUGCAUUACUCGUGCUUCGGGGCGCUGUCGACCUUGUUACAAGGCAUUGAUGUUACUAGAUGCUCACUCGAAGACAUGUGAAGUCUCAGAAUGUCGCAUCCCAUGUUGCAUGAAUCUGAAGAAGCGUCGAGAAUCUCGGGAUAGAGCUGCUGUUGUGAAAAGCAAACAGAGAACUUUCUGAUCCUUGAAAUCUAUGUGUAUAUAUUAAAGGAUUUGAGUCUUUCAAAGUAUGAAAAGUAAUGAGAAAAAUCUCAACCUCACAUUGGAAAGAAAAAGAAAUCUCGAUCAACAAUGUAAGAUCCAUUGCUUUACAUACAUGUACAGGCAUAAUAAACUACAAGAAAGUGUACAAAAUUUUGUUGAAGUUUCUAUUAGUAAAGGCAGCUAGUAUAAGCAGAGUAGCUUGCUUCCUGUGUUUAUUAGCAUGUUUAGAAGUGAGCAAGGGAUCCUUGUACUGUACCAAAUUGCGUAAAUAAUAAUAUAAU